CAUAUUGCUUCUCUUGACCAUUACGCAGUGCAUGGAGCGCCAAAUGCUUGCCAGUUUACACAUUCAUGCACGGUUAAAUUCAGUCCACUACGAUGUCUCGCUCUGCCCUGACCCGGCACGCCCUGCAGAAGUCUCUGCGAGGGCAAACUGCGCAGGAUCAGCCUCCAGAGGAGACGCAGCGCCGUGUCAAGCAGGAUGAGCUGCCAAUCUACGGCAAUGACACAACGUACAAUCUGAACACGCUGCUGCACCAGAACAUCCUGCAGUCCGCCUAUUUCCACGAACUUUACAAGUUCAGGACGUACCACGAGGUGGUGGACGAGAUCUACUACCGAGUGGACCAUGCAGAGCCCUGGUCACCUGGCACUGCUCGCAUUCCGUCAAGCUGCUUCUGUCUGUUGCACAAGUUCUUCCUCAUGCGUCUCACGCGCAAGCAAAUGCAAGGACUGCUGCGACACACGGACUCGCCAUAUAUCCGCGCCGUGGGAUUCUUGUACCUUCGCUUCACCUGUGACCCUGAAGAGCUGUGGACGUGGUUCGAGCCGUUCCUGGAAGACCCGGAGGAGUUCAACGCGUCGGCUAAUCCGAGCGUGAAAACGACAAUUGGAGAGUGGCUGAUUUCCUUACUGGAAGAAAACAAUUAUUUCGGCACGAUUCUGCCGCGUAUCCCCAAGAAGAUCGAGGACGGGAUCAAAGUCAAGCUUUUAUUGCUGUCCCGUAAGAAGGAACGUGCCAAAGAGAACCUGGCUAUCAUUGACCAACUCAAGCGAGGCACGAAAGUCCGCGCGAUGUAUGCGGAUGAGGAGAACGAGCCUGCGAUGUACGACGCGGUCAUCGACUCCGUCGAGGAAGGCAACCAAUUCUGGGUCUCGUUUCCAGCGUAUGGAAACUCGGAGAAAGUGAGUCUUGGAGACAUUGAAUUCGACAAAGGCAAGCAACGUCGUGGGCGCUCACCCUCGCGCUCCCGCUCCACUGGACGAUCUCGUUCACGUUCUCGAGGACGUGACCGAGGCCGCGAUAGAGACCGUCGCCGAGAUCGAAGCAGGGAUCGAGACAGUCGACGAGAUAGUGACCGGCGUCGUGGCCGUCGGGACCGCUCGCGAUCGCGUACUCGACGUCGUUCACGCAGCAGAUCUCGAUCGGCUUCGCGUGACAGACGCAGACGCGACCGCAGUCGCAGUCUCAGUCGCAGUCGUAGUCAGACGCGGAGCAAGGCAGGUGGCGGUGACAUUACUGGUGACUUGCUGCAACAAGUACGUGAACGUGAACGACGCAAGGCUGAGGCGGUCGGACGUGACUACGCGUCACGACCUGCUAGCUACAAGGGCUCGCUGUCGCUAAAAUUGGAUCGCUGGACCACAAGGAAACGAUCGCGCAGUCCAGCGAAGCGAGAGGAAGUCGUGGUGGUGCAGCCAGGUAUGUCGAAGGGCGAUGAGCGACCUCGAAGCAACUCUCCGUCUCCUGGAAAACCCCGCGAGUCGGAGGGGCGUUUGAAAAAGCUCCGCGAAAUGUACGGUGAUGCGUCCUCUAAGACCAAAGACGAAUAGAAGUAGCGGAUGCUGCGCGGAAGAGCGAAGGAUACGUUAAACAGUCAGACAACAUGAAUACAGCGGAGCAGCAAGUGGUGCGUGCAUGGAUCCCUUUAAAUAUUCGGUUAGAGUUUAUGUUGCUGCUGUUAGAGUAGUACUGUUAUUUUACAGCACGACGGUACUUUUGGUGGGACU